AUGGCGGUACGCAUGUUGGUCCCUGUGCUUGCAGGCACCGCCAGGACAACGGCUGUGAGACGCUAUCCAAGAUCGGUCCUGGGCGGUGGAGAUCGCCGAGCACUGCCAGCAUGCACUUGCCAGCGUCGCUUUGCGAGCGCUUCGACAGAAUCGUCUACCAUCGAUCCUGCGAUCACAGAAUCAGAACGGCUCAUCAAUGAAGGCACCAUGCUCAGCGAGCGAGGCGACUUUGAAGGCGCAAAGUCUCUUUAUCGCCAGUCGCUUGCCAUCAGACCCUCAGGAGUGGGCUUCUACAAUCUUGGCGUGUGCCAGUAUCAGCUCAGAGACUCGGGUGGAGCGAUCAGCUCGUUUCGAGAAUCGCUCAAGCAUUACUCCUCAGCCGACACUCAUCAGAACUUGGCUACCGCCCUCAUCACUGGCGAGCACAAGGAUCUCGUCAAAGCCCUCGAGCAUCUGAGAGAGGCUUCCAAGCUUGCACCCGGCGACGGCGAGAUUCGAUUCAACCUGGGUGUCGUUCUUGAAGCUUCUGACUAUCUCAAGGAAGCUCUGCAAGAGUACACUCGUGCCAAAGAGCUUGGCGUCUCGCGUGCAGAGCAGAACAUCCGUAAUGUCGGUGGAAAGAUAAUCGCUCAAAGCGUGCGCCAGCAAGCAAAGUCGCAGCAGUCUGUAUUAGCCACACCGCGCGAGAAGGGGGAGCCUUGA